AGUAAGCUUGCCUGAUGAAAGCCAUUAUGUAAAUGAUCCCGUGGUUGGCAGCUUUACAGGGCAGGAAACCAGAAGCCAAGAGUUGUGGGUGGAGCCAGGAGGAGCCUCUUUGGGGAACCAGGCUGAAGGAACCGGAAAUUCCUCCAUUCCCUGUAGUAUAAGAGUAUCCUGCUAGUCCGAACCGGAUGUGAAAUUUCAACAAGAACUCAAGUUUUCUCCUAAGACACUCAGAGAAGAGCCACAAGAACAAUGGAUGCUUCUGUGGUAAAUGCUCCCCAGGGUCUGUUAUCACUCAGGGAUGUGUCUGUAGACUUCUCACAGGAAGAAUGGGAAUGUCUGGACUGUGAACAGCGGGCUUUGUACAUGGAUGUGAUGUUGGAGAAUUACAACAAUCUGCUUUUUGUGGACUUCCAUCAUGUAUGUGGCAAAUGGGAGACAGUCUUGCACCAAGGCACAAAGCAUUUUAUCCAUGACAAUGAAAAUAUUCAAGAGAAGUCUUAUACGUGUCAUGAGUCUGGCAAAGUGAUUCCUGAAUCCUGCCAAUGUACACCUUUUGACACAAUGGAUACUGCCAAAAAUGUCAACAAGUACACAUUUGGUAUCCACAGAGAUGCAUCUAAUGAAACCUUAAACCUAAACAGACACAACAUUGGGAAUGCUGGGGAAGAAACUUGCAAGUAUCAAGAUUGUGUAAAGUUUUUGUAUUUGUGUUCCAACUUUAGCCAAAAUCAAAGAACUCACAUAGGAAAGGAAGACUACAGAUAUGCAGAGUAUGAUGCAUCUUUUGAGUCUAAUACAGAAACCAAACUUAAAGAAACUGAUUGGGGAGAGCAUCCACAUCAAUGCAUGCAAUGUGAUUUCUUCAAGACUCACUCAAACCUUAUUAGGCAUCAUGAAUGCAGUAAAUCAGUUCUGAAUUUUUCACAACUCAGUACAUAUUACAGAAUCCAUUGUAGAGAAACUCCCGACAAAUGUACAGAGUGUGUCCAGUUCUUUAAUUAUUUAUCAAAGGUUGAAAGAAAUUCCAACAUCCAUACUGGAGAGAAACCUUACAAAUGUAGUGAAUUUGAGAAAUCUUUCACUGAGAAGUGUAAUCUUACAACUCAUCAGAGAAUCCACACAGGAGAGAAACCUUACAAAUGUAGUGAAUGUGACAAAUCCUUUUCCAUGAAAUGCCAUCUUACAAGUCAUCAGAGAUUCCACACUAGAGAUAAGUCUUACAAUUGUAGUGAAUGUGGCAAAUCCUUUUCCAAUAAAUGGUUUCUUACAACUCAUCUGAGAAUCCACACAGGAGAGAAACCUUUCAAAUGUAGUGAAUGUGACAAAUCCUUUUCCAUGAAAUGCCAUCUUACAAAUCAUCUGAGAAUCCACACAGGAGAGAAACCUUACAAAUGUAGUGAAUGUGACAAAUCCUUUAACACAAAAUACUAUCUUAGAACUCAUCAGAGAAUCCACACAGGAGAUAAUCCUUACAAAUGUAGUGAAUGUGACAAAUCCUUUAAAACAAAAGAACGUCUUCAAAUUCAUCAGAGAAUUCACACAGGAGAACAACUUUACAAAUGCAGUGAAUGUGACAAAUCCUUAAACACAAAACAAAGUCUUAUACUUCAUCAGAGAAUUCACACAGGAGAGAAACCUUACAAAUGUAGUGAAUGUGGCAUAUCAUUUUACAGAAGAGACCAACUUAGAUAUCAUCACAGAAUGCACACAGGAGAGAAACCUUACAAAUGUAGUGAAUGUGACAAAUCAUUUUUCAAGAAACGCAGUCUUACAACUCAUAUGAGAUUGCACACUGGAGAGAAGCCUUACAAAUGCCCUGAAUGUGACAAAUCUUUCACUGAGAAAUAUAAUCUUACAACUCAUCAGAGAGUUCACACAGGAGAGAAACCUUACAAAUGUAGUGAAUGUGGCAUAUCAUUUUACAGCAGAGACCAACUUAGAUAUCAUCACAGAAUGCACAUAGGAGAGAAACCUUACAAAUGUAGUGAAUGUGGGAAAUCCUUUUGCAAGAAAGCCUAUCUUAGAGUUCAUCAGAGAAUUCACACAGGAGAGAAACCUUACAAAUGUAGUGAAUGUGGCAUAUCAUUUUACAGAAGAGACCAACUUAGAUAUCAUCACAGAAUGCACACAGGAGAGAAACCUUACAAAUGUAGUGUAUGUGACAAAUCUUUCACUGAUAAAUAUAACCUUACAACUCAUCAUAGCGUUCACACAGGAGAGAAUCCUUACAAAUGUAGUGAAUGUGGGAAAUCCUUUUUCAAGAAAGCCUAUCUUAGAGCUCAUCAGAGAAUUCACACAGGAGAGAAACCUUACAAAUGUAGUGAAUGUGGGAAAUCCUUUUGCAAGAAAGCCAAUCUUAGAGCUCAUCAGAGAAUUCACACAGGAGAGAAACCUUACAAAUGUACUGAAUGUGGGAAAUCCUUUUGCAAGAAAGCCAAUCUUAGAGCUCAUCAGAGAAUUCACACAGGAGAGAAACCUUACAAAUGUAGUGAAUGUGGCAUAUCAUUUUACAGAAGAGACCAACUUAGAUAUCAUCAGAAUGCACACAGGAGAGAAACCUUACAAAUGUAGUGAAUGUGACAAACAAUUUUUCAAUAAACACAGACUUACAACUCAUAUGAGAUUCCACACUGGAGAGAAGCCUUACAAAUGCCCUGAAUGUGACAAAUCUUUCACUGAGAAAUAUAAUCUUACAACUCAUCAGAGAAU